CACGGGUCACAGUCACCCAUGCAUAAAGAUUAAGACAUCAUAUUAGAGAUAGAACAAUCUAGGCCCUCACUAUGAAUUAUCAUAUGGGAAAUGAAUCACUAUCGACCAGUGGGGUCAGGACAGUUUGAUGCAAAAGAUUUGCAUACUCAUACUCUCAGCUCUAUCAUCACUUCACCAUGAUAAUAGCCUCUAAAUGCUAGAGUUCACAGAAUGAGUGUCACCACUAACUUGUUCAGAGGACUUGAUUGGGUUGUAACCGGUCAGAAUGUAGUACAUGGGCUUUAGAAUAUUUAUGUGGUGGAAACACAUACAACACAAGGUUAUACAAUUCCAAACCAGAACCAAUCACAACAAUCAUACAAAAUAAUCUUUAUCUGCUACGGCUAUUUCUACAACUUUUAGUACAAGAUUGAAGGGGAUUAUCAACAUGCAUUUGGGGAUAAUCAACUUUGGUGGCAGCUCUCAUUCUUUUUUAUUUUAUUUCUCUUUUUUUCCUUUUUCUUUGAGAGCUAACAACAUAUGUCACCAUUUUAAACUUUAAGAACACAUGCUCGAUUUGAAAAACUUUCCCCAACACUCAUUUCAUAAUAAGCAGAAAUCAUGCAAGAAUUACAUUGUGGAACCUCUAGUAAGCUCAAAUAAUGGGAGCUUCAAGACAAAAGGGUAACUCUUCAUCAAUGCAAACACAAGAAAUAAGUAAACACGACUCCAGGGGGCUGACUUGGGGGUCUGACACACCGAUACAAUUAAUUUGGCCGUGGACUAAUCCUAUGCCUCCAUCUUUCUCAUUAGCGGCAACGUGAAUGCUACGCAUCAUGGUAAGAGGGAAACAUCACACAAGAAAGAAGCAAGCAGGGACGAAGUCUCACAUGGCUACCUAUAUGCUCUAUCCCUCAUUCCAAUUCCUUAAACUCUAUGCAUAGACAAUUAUAAAAAAUGAGUAAUCAAUCCAAGUCAAAAGUUGGUUUGCAAAGAGGUGAAAAUGGAACCCCCUACACCUUUUUACUACAUAUCUUAGUCAUCAUAAUAGGUUAUUCUCAAUCACGAACAAGUUGUUCAUACAUCGAUGCUCAUAGCCAAGGGAUUCAACACAAGACACCAUCGGUGCUGCUAUGAUCGUGCAAAUGGAGAAUUCCUUGGCUUGGAGCCCUCAAAUUUAAAAUUUGUACAGUGGACUAGACUCUAAGCACAUAUACAAGCCUACAUUCAACAGAAUAGACACCCCCACACUUUAGUUUGACAUUGCUCUCAAUGGAGCAAAGGGAGAAAAGGGGAAUGAUGCUACCAGUGAAUGAUGAACGUCGGUGAGGAAUGGAGAAUGAGCUAGUCAAGAUCAUGGGACUGGAGAAGGGACCAGUCGAUAUGGAUGGAGCAAAAACAACAUAAAAGAACACAUUGGGUCAAGGGUAAGUCCAAACCAUAGUUCCAAGUUCAACAGACACGCUAAAAGAAAGAAAAAGAAAAGAAAUAGUCUGAAUCUCAAAACAACAAAACAAAAAACAAAACAAAACAAAACAAAGGAACAUCUGUUGAUGGAUCAAUCUGAGUCGAGAAAGCCUCCCCCACCAUUGGAGAGUUCAUAGUUAACGUCAUCCAAAUUCAUAUCCAAGGAAGGGGAGCGAUCCCACUAAGUGAUAACUUGGCUAGGAGCCUCCACCAAGCCUGAUCAGGUAGUCUUGGUUUGCCAUGAUGAUGCACCUAGCAUCUCGCUCUCGUUCAAGACGAGAGUUGAUCCGUUCUUGUCGGUCCAGGAUUCGAGUGUGAGCGGCAAGGAUAUGCUCAUUCGGGUGCGCCAAGGCUGCCAGCUGGUUAGCAAACUAACAAUAAGAAUGCUCUACAGAUGGGCCCGCAGAGGUGAUGUCGCGCUCCUGGGUAUGCCAAGGUGGGGAAUCCUCCCCAAUAGGCUGGUAUGCUUCUCCUGCGACAGUAGCAAGCUCUGGUGGAGGGGGUCGAGCGAGACCACAAAUCAUUCUUCUCAUGUGACAUUACCAUCAUGUGAUAAGAUCCUGAGCUCGUGAAAGCUUAGGUUCUUUUGAUCAAAGUCGCAAAGCUUCAAGAAAGAACAAGCAAAAGGAUUUUUAAUGUUUUGGGAUAGGAUGGAAUUGAAAGUGAAAUCUCAACACCAAAUCGAGAGAAGGAUCUAUCAAUAUAAUAGGUAGAAUCUAGACCACAAUCAAGGGAAAAACUUGAUUGAUACAGAGAAAAGUUCAAGUCUAAAGCUCAAAACCAAGAUAAAAUAAAUAUUCUGAAAAACU